AACACUAUUUCCGUGUUUUGUUUCUUAUCGUUACACCUACAUGUGAUACUGCGAGUGGUCUGCAAGCCUGAAACAACGGAAUCAAUGAGCGAGACGGACAUUUACCUAAUAACAGCAGGGUUAUUAGGACAGCUGUGUUGAGAGGUGUGAUGGAACCAUUCAGCGUGGAACCAACCAUUGGUGUGGAACCGCCCAGUGUGGAACCAACCAUUGGUGUGGAACCGCCCAGUGUGGAACCGCCCAGCGUGGAACCAACCAUUGGCAUGGAACCGGCAAGUGUUGACAAUCUGAGUGUUCUGUACCAGAGUUCAGAUUACAUCCUGGUGGAUAAGCACUGGGACAUCCGCAUUGACAGCAAGAUGUGGUAUGAGAAACACACAGUACAGAGGCAGCUGGGGCUGCGUUUCCCCGACCUGGCUGACCCUGGGACGUACUAUGGUUUCAGGUUUUGUCACCAGCUGGACUACUCCACCAGCGGGGUUCUGUGUGUGGCUCUGAACAAGGCUGCAGCUGGCCGGGCUUACAGCUGCUUUAAAGACCGCAGAGCCACUAAAGCCUACCUGGCGCUGCUGCGAGGUUGGGUGGAACCAGAGACGAUGACUCUAGAUUUUCCCAUCGGUAAAAAUACCGCAGAGGGACGAACUCACAUGAUGUGCGUCCAAUCAACAGAGGGUUGUGAGAACCCCAAACCGUGUCAGACCCAGCUCACGGUGUUGGAGUAUGGAUCCUACGAUGGAGGUCCUGUGACUAAGGUGCUUCUGCAGCCUCUUACAGGUCGUACCCAUCAGCUGAGGGUCCAUUGUGAUGCGGUAGGCCACCCCAUCGUAGGGGACUACACCUACAGCCUGGGAGCGGACAGCGCCCCCUACCGCAUGAUGCUGCAUGCACACCUCCUGCACCUCCCCCUGGAACCCCGCCCCCUGCAGGCCACCGCCCCCGACCCCUUCACCACGCACACCGACCCCCGCUGGUGCCCGCAGCGCAGCCUACGGACUGUAGAGGGCGCUGUGGAGACACUGCUGCAGCGCAGGGCCGAGAUGGGGAGGAGAGAACAGGAGGAGAAAAAGAAGCAGGUGGAUGAGGAGAAGGAAAGGAGGAAGAGGGGGAGGAGAGAGGGAAGAGAAGAGAGUGAGGAGCAGAGGAGGACGUGUCAGGAGUGGCUAUCAGAGUGGGCUGAAGAUUGAAAAGGUUCCUGGCCUGAGUGACCACUUCCUGUCCUUUUUAACUCUUCUCAUGUCUCCCUUCAUCCCUUUUUAAAUAUCUACUUCAUCAUCCCCUCAGUCAUCCUCUCUUUGAGACUGCAGCCAGAAGCAUGUUUUUAACUGAACAUGACCUUGCGUCUCUCUGCUUGGCACUCAGUGUUAAAGAGAGGCGGACCUUGGCUGUCACUGCUCAUGUGACCAUACAGGAAACGAUGGCACGGGGACUGGCUUGCCUCUGCUGUGCCUCAGGCAGAAGGGUUGCAUGUUACCCCAGGGCAGCACAUUUAGAUCUAGAAGUCUACAUUGUGAAAACACCUAUUACCGACUCAGAUCUCACGGUUUGUGUUAGUCUAGCGUGCUAGGAAUCCUUUCAGCCUAUGUUUUGGUUAAGAGCUGGGUUUCAUUAUGAAUGACCCUGCCGGGGUGGAAGGAAAUCUGUUGGCUCAGGGUUCUUGCUGUCCUGUCACCUCUGUGAAGUAGAGAUUGCCUUGCUAUGAUUCAUGUCGCUUGCUUGCAUCAUUCCUAUCAUGAAUAAUAGUUUGAAUAACUAUAUUUGGUUUGUAUAGUCAUAUAAGAGUUUCAUAUGAGUCAUACCUAUAUGAAAAUGACUACUAGUUACAUUAACUGCCAGCAGGAUUACAAUGUCUAUCUGAAAUAAAUGCAGUUCUUCUGAGCGACUAAAGGGAAUGCUUGUUGCUGUAUGCUGUGAACACACAGAGUGGAAAAACACAUAUGCUGGAAGCCCUAUUUAAUCCAAAAUGUAAUGUAUAAACAUGUUAAAAUAAUUCAGUUAAAUACAGUGUGUACAUACAUACACCAAU